AUGGCCUCUCGCUACACCGUCCGCAAGGUUGCGGCUCCCAACACCCUCGAGCACCGCGUCUACAUCGAGCAGGAUGGCCAGCCCGUCUCUCCAUUCCACGAUAUCCCCCUCUACGCCAACCAGGAGCAGACCAUUCUGAACAUGGUUGUUGAGAUCCCUCGAUGGACCAAUGCCAAGCUCGAGAUCUCCAAGGAGGAACUCCUCAACCCCAUCAAGCAGGACAUCAAGAAGGGCAAGCUUCGAUACGUCCGAAACUGCUUCCCCCACAAGGGUUACCUCUGGAACUACGGUGCCUUCCCCCAGACCUGGGAGGACCCCAACUCCAUCCACCCCGAGACCAAGGCCAAGGGUGACAACGAUCCUCUCGAUGUCUGCGAGAUCGGCGAGCUCGUCGGCUACACUGGCCAGGUCAAGCAGGUCAAGGUCCUCGGUGUCAUGGCCCUUCUCGACGAGGAGGAGACUGACUGGAAGGUCAUUGUCAUUGACAUCAACGACCCUCUUGCUGCCAAGCUGAACGACGUUGAGGACGUCGAGCGACACCUGCCCGGUCUUCUCCGUGCCACCAACGAGUGGUUCCGUAUCUACAAGAUUCCCGAUGGCAAGCCCGAGAACCAGUUUGCCUUCACUGGCGAGUGCAAGAACAAGAGCUACGCUCUUGACGUUGUCCGCGAGUGCGCUGAGGCCUGGGACCGCCUCAUCACCGGCAAGACUGCCCCCGGUGGUGUCUCUACCACCAACGUCACUGUCCAGCAGUCUCCUUCCCGCGUUUCUCCUGACCAGCUCCCUCCUCUGCCCCCCAACGAGGAGGUCCCCGCCGAGAAGAUUGACAGCUCCAUUGACAAGUGGUUCUUCAUCAGCGGUGCCUCUGCUUAA